CUAAUUUUGUUUGGCUACAUUUGCUUCACUAAAUAAUAAUGUCUUUCUCUUAUAUGUUCUCUUAUAUGAAAGAUAUACCAUGAAAUAUGAAUGUGGCUCCCUUUUAAUUAAUUAAAAUUUGAUGCAUGAAGUCUAACAGAAUGUGGCUGAUCCUUAUUAUACUGCAUUUGGAAUUGCUGGUCCCACUCAGUCUUUCCUGUCCAAGUGCCUGUGUGUGUUUACCAAAUGGGGAUGUCACAUGCACAGGGGGAAUCACUGAAAUCCCACAUCUGGCAGGCAAUCAAACCUUCCGCCUAAAACUCAAUAACACUCUUAUAAAAAUCAUUCAUCCAAAAAGUCUUCAGCCUCUUGUCUCUUUACUACACCUCCAAAUCAGCCACAGUCCUCUUGCCACUAUUCACCCAGAAGCCUUUUAUGGUGCUCCUCAGCUGACGUCAGUUGUGUUGUCAUCUACCUCCAUCUCUGACCUUCCACCAAGAGUGUUCAGCAGCCUGGAGAACCUAGAGCAACUUCACAUCGAUGGGAAUCAACUGAUGUCUCUCCCUGCAGACAUUUUUGAACAUUUGGUCAACCUCACUGAACUGGACAUUAGCAAAAACCAAAUUACAAAUUUGGAUCUUAGAAUAUUCAAGAAUAUGACAAAAUUGACCUCCCUGAACCUGGGUAAGAACUUCCUACAAAUGAUCCCACAGAUGAUGUUCCACAACCUUAGACAGCUCAAGUCCCUGAUACUGUCCUCCAACCAGCUGAGGACUAUAGAAGAAGGCUCAUUCGAUCAUCUGAACAACCUGUUAUUACUCAUGCUGGAUAAAAAUCAAAUCCAAGAAAUCCCUCUUAGACUUUUUUGGCACAUGCCCUCAUUGUUAACCCUGACUCUAUCUAGCAACCAGCUUCGUUAUAUUUUCAGAGAGACUUUUUACUAUCUACCCAAUCUUACCAAACUUACACUCUACAAAAAUCCCUUAAUCUCGCUGCCGGACCAGCUAGUCGGGCACAUGCCAAGACUUCAGGAGUUCUACCUGUAUAAUACCAAUCUUAUCACUGUGCCCUGGAACCUUUUUGCAAACAUGACUGGCCUCAAGUCUUUACAUUUACAUUAUAAUGAAAAGCUUAUUUCACUACCAAAGGAUGUCUUUUCUCACUUGCCUAAUCUUGAAAAGCUAUCUUUAAGAAAAAACAUACUUCAGGAUUUACACAAAGAUCAGUUUUCAUCCUUAACUAAACUUAGGAGUUUAACUCUUAAUGGUAACAAGCUCCGGUCCCUUUCUGCAAAGAUCUUUCAAAAUCUCCAUAGCCUAACCCAUCUUCAGCUGAGCAACAACAAUCUAAACAAACUUCCAGGAGAUAUUUUUGCACAUCUCACUGUAUUGGAGUCUGUCACUCUUGGACGCAACCAGUGGAACUGCACAUGCAGUAUCCUGGACAUUGCAGCAUGGAUAAGUGACAACCAAAAUGUAGUCACUGAUCUACAUGAUGUAUUAUGCCACGAACCUUACCACUUAAUUAACAAACCACUAGUAACGUUAACUAAUGACAGUCUGAAAUGUGGCGUUACCACUACAGGAGACCUACAUGCACAUACUGCUCGCUCCAGGUCCAGUGUAUUCUAUGACACUAAGGUCCUUGUUAACGGCCCUGAUAUUGUCCAUAAUAAUCGCCGUCAGGGCUGGGUGUACCUGUGGACAGUACCUACGUCUGGAGCAUACAGUAGUUUUCUAAUGGCUUUGCAUGUUGUUCUUAUUAUCACCGGUGUUCUUCUGAUCAUAUUCAGCGCCUUUGCAUUCUACCAUCUACACAAAGCUUUGUGGAAAACAGGGAUGACUCUUAGACAUCAGACAAUCAAAACUAAAAGAUUGUGGCGUGUUAAUAGCAAACUUAAGAAAAAAAUAUAACAUUGCACCGUGCAGUAUAUCAUAAUCUUUAGCCAUUGUUUUUCAGUGAAGGUCUGUUGUUCUGAUUAUGGCUAUAUGUGCCUGAACACUGUCUAUAAUUAUAGCAUGUUAAUAUUAUAAUUUAUAUACAUUUUAGUCUCUUAGAGAAAUUUCUUACAAUAAUGUGUGGCAAAAUUGUGUAAAUUUUUUUUGUUUACAUAUUUCCAAUUUAUUUAAGCACUGUUCUUGAUGUAAAAUAAACUAAAAUCAUCUAAUGAAAUAA